AUCUCAGAGCCACCAGCUCUGACACCUGAGCUCGGACCAGGGUCUGAGACUUCCAUACGAGGGCUGGUGGUGCCAAGAGGAACCAAGGAGGAAUCAACAUUGGGGAGAAAAAUGACGAAUCAGGGGUUGAACGGGUUGAACCUCAAAUCUUCCACUUACCAGCGGUGUGACCUCGGACAGAUCAUGUCACCUGUCUGUGCACACAUUUCCUCCGCUGACCCCUCCAUCCCCUCCAGAGGAGACCCAGCUCGGAGCACAGGGUGUGACACACACGUGGCUGUCCUCGGCCGCUUGGACGUCAUAGAGGAGACGGUGGAGAAGACGGUGGAGCACCUGGAGGCCGAAGUGAAAGGCCUGCUGAGCCAGCUGGAGGGGCUGGCCUGGAACCUGCCCCCGGGGCCCUUCAGCCCGACCCCCGACCUCCUGGGAGAUGAUCGUUAGUGAGUCAGGAGAUGGAGUUGCCCAGCAGCUGGAAGUAAUACACCUGCCCGACAGCUCUCCUCUGAGCCUUGCACCUGGCCUUCCUCCCUCCGCUUUGUGCAAAUAAAGCUACUCCUCUGACCCCGCUGACAGAGUGGACCCUACAGCGGCAGCCCUUCUCCACCUACCCCCAUGCCCUGAGGCCCACUUCCCCCUGGAGGCUUGGGCCAGGGCACCCCCAGCCUGGCUGUGCUUCAGCCCUCCUUUACUAGGCGGGCAGGGCAGGGUUGGCUCACAGAGGUGAGGCACCUGAAGCUGAGAAUCGUAAGAUGACUCAGCGGAAGGGCCUUUGGGGAGCCUGGCUACUCAACGUAUGGGCUCACCUGGGAGUUUGUCAGAAAUGCAGAAUUUGGGGCCCCAAUCACACCUCCUGAAUCAGAAUUUACAUUUUAAUGAGAUCCACCAGGGGAUUUCUGUGCCCAUUAAGGUUUUUAAAAAGAUUUCUAUUGAGGUAAAAUUCACAUAGCACAAAAUUCAAAAUUGUAACCAUUUUAAACUGUACUAGUUCAGUGGCUUCGCAACGUUGUGUAGUCAUUGCCACUGAUUCCAGGACAUUUUGAUCAGCCCAAAAGGAAGCCCUGCCCCUACGAAGCAUCACUUCCCGUUUCCCCUCCCACCGUCCCUUGGAAACCACUGACAUUCUGUCUCUAUGGACUUGCCUGUCCUGGACAUUUCCUAUAAACGGGAUCAUACAAUA